AUGAUUGAGAGUCCAACAGCAGCUGCCGAAGCCCGCGCCGAGCGGCGCAGCACAUACCACGAGGCCGAUGUCGUUGUGGUCGGCGCUGGCGUCUUUGGUUGCGCCAUUGCCUACGCUCUUGGCCAGCAGGGAAGAAGCGUCAUUCUGCUCGAGAGAUGGAUGUCGGAGCCCAACCGUAUUGUCGGCGAGCUGCUGCAGCCUGGCGGCAUCGUCGCCCUUCGCCAGCUUGGUUUGGCUGACACCCUUGAGGGCAUCGACGCCGUGCCGUGCUACGGCUAUAAGGUCAGCUUUCACGGCCAGGGAGUCGACAUCCCCUACCCCUCCUUCGACGAACAGGGCCGCAUUGUCCACGGCUCGAGUCCUGCGGCGGCUGCAAGCGCAAAGCAAAAGGAAGGCAGAAGCUUUCACCACGGUCGCUUCAUUAUGAACCUCCGCAAGGCUUGCCAGAGGCAGGAGAACAUCACCAUUUUCGAGACCGAAGUCACAUCCACGAUCCGCGGCGACGAUCAAGAUACUGUCCUCGGUGUAAGGUCCAAGACGACUGACCCCAAUACCGGCGAGAAGAAGGACGACUACUUCUUUGGUCAGUUGACCAUUAUUGCCGACGGCUACGCCUCCAAAUUCCGCAAGGAGUACCUGCCCCAGGCCCCGGUGGUCAAGUCCAAGUUCUACGCCCUCGAGCUCAUCGACGCCCCCAUGCCCUCGCCCGGUUACGGCCAUGUGGUCAUCGGCAAAGCCUUCCCCGUUCUCCUUUACCAGAUCGGCACCCACGAGACCCGCGCUCUCAUCGACGUGCCCGCCAACAUCCCUGAAGCAUCACCUGCUGCCGGCGGUGUUCGUGGUUACAUCACAAACUGCGUCCUACCCUCACUACCGCCGGCGAUGCGCCCCUGUUUCGAGGCCGCCCUCGCCGACGGCAAGAUCCCCCGCUCCAUGCCCAACUCAUAUCUUCCCCCUUCGCGUCAGAAGGCAAAGGGCAUGCUCCUCCUCGGAGACGCCAUGAACAUGCGUCACCCCCUGACGGGUGGUGGCAUGACCGUCGCCUUCAACGACUGCGUCAUCCUCUCGGAUCUCCUCCAACCCUCGCGCGUGCCCAAUCUCGCCGACCCCCAGGCUCUCGACGAGGUUUUGAAGGAGUUCCACUGGCGCCGCAAGAGUCUGACGUCCAUCAUUAACGUCCUCGCAAUGGCCCUCUACGCUCUCUUCGCCGCCAACGACCGCCAACUUCGCGCCCUACAGAUGGGUUGCUUCUCCUACUUCAAGCGCGGCCACGCCUCGGAACCCAUGGCCCUGAUGGGUGGCAUCAUGCACCAGCCCUCCAGGCUAGCAUACCACUUCUUCAGCGUCGCGUUCCUCGCCAUCUGGCUCAACGCUUUCGAGGUCAUGAGCGGCGCGCUGGGUUUCCUCAAGCUGCCGCUCGCGCUCAUCGACGGCAUCCUCAUCCUCUGGAGGGCGAGUGUCGUGUUUUUGCCCGUCAUGUGGCGCGAGUUGAACUAG